GAGUCGGAGUACGGAGAUGAACAUUUAUUUAUUGUAAAGUUGUCGGCAAAAACGUUAUCAGACAAUAACAUUUCUUUAUACUGCAUGUUGUGAUGUGAAAAUUAAAGAAAUAGCUGAGUAUUCAUAAUGGGUCUUACUGCCAUCGAAAUAAUAGCAACGAUAUCUUUAAAUCUCUUACAAUGCGCGCGUACGGAGCACAUCCUGCCCUGCAAUACGACCCUCAUGGGACAAUGUACGGGCAACAACGAAAUAUGUAAAGAAAACAAGUGUGAAUGUGAUGAUGACUUUGCAAGAUAUUACGACGAAUGUGUACCUCAAGAAGCUGCCACUACUGCUAGGUACGACGUUACAGCAGCAAUUAUAUCUAUUUUUACAAUAUCCAUUGUGAUUGUAGGAUUAGUGGUUGUAAUAAGAAAAUAUAAUUUAAUUGAGUAUAUAAGGCAGAAGAUAGAGCUUCGAAGAAGUCACAAUAUCAUGUAUGAAGAUGUAAUGAUUGGACAUGAUGAUCCUCCAUUAAGUCCAUAAUUAAGAAUAGAUAAAAGAUUUUAGUAUGUUUCUUUGAAUUUUAGUAAAUGUUUUGUAUUUAUUUUUAACUUCAUGAAUCUGGUUUUUAAUGUAUAUUUUAAUAUCUCUAAUUAAAAUGCCUGCUAUAGUUCAAUGAACGCACAAAUGCUGCAGUUUGAUCUUGUUGUAUUUUAAGACUAAGGUUUUGAGGUGAACUAAUUCUCACAAUUGUCAUCAAUAUUUUUUAUUGACUCAAUUGUCAAUAAGCUAAUAUGACAGUUAGUUCAUAGUUCAAUUUUAUUGGUUUUAUUAGCCUAGUAUCUUUUUUUAAUUAGAUAUAAAAGCUGUUUACAAUACCAUAAUAAUUCACAUAUUUAUAAAAGUUGAACUAUUUAUGGAUAAAGAAAAAUAUUAUUAAUCAUUUUGUUUAUACCUACCUUAAUAUUUAAUAAAAUAUACCAAAAAGUAAGUAAUGUUAAUUCAUGUAUGUUACUUUCAAUGUAUAUCUUGCAUAACAUGUCUUUGGUAGGUAAAAUGGCUGAAGAAUUUACCCAUAUAUAUAUAUUUUUUUUAAUUAAUUUGUACUAGCAUGAAGAGGAAAAUGUGGGGUUUUCCUGUUAGAAAACUAUAAGGUAGUAUAUUGCUCAAUUUUAUUUAAUUAUAACAAGCUUAUGCCAAUUAGUCUUUACUUUAAAAUUUAAAUUUAUA